UUUUGACAAUACAACUAGGACACCGACCACUGACACCAUGACAACCGGUGGUUGCAUUACAAACAACCCUGACCCCAUGGACAGAGCAGACCGCAGGGCUCAAGUUAUCACCCAGGGGCACCCAUUAAAAAGUGUAUUUAGCCUGCAACUAAACCAAACUUAACUGUGGAAAAAAUGAUGCAAAAAAGUGAAGCAGUUGCAGGAGAGCUUCAGCAGGGACAAAGGAUGAUUUUUACAGGCCCAGAUGGAAUUGGAGACUACAGGCCAAGAUCAAAUUACUUCCCCUGGUACAUCGGUGUGGGCGCCUCGUCGCCUGAGACCACAAGUGACGUCAGUUACUUGUAUCGAGCCGCACCUCAUGCACCCCCUCCCACACCCAGGCGAGGCUACGUGGGGGAGGUUGGCUGGGGCUGGCAGUAUAACCAGCUGUUGAACAGUGGGACGCUGCUCAGCAAUAUGCAAAUUAAGAAAACUGAGUUACGGACAGCGUUGGAGGACAGAGUGGCACACAGGUUCCAGAACAAGCAGUAGGAAGCAUUUGUAAACCUCAGGAACACACACCGCUUCAAGCUGUAGACAAGAAAUCAGCCAGGCACACAUGGGCACAGUCACGGCGCCUACCUAAACAAACACUAUGGGACGUUUUAUCUUUUUUCUUACGUAACACAAUGUCUGCAACCAAAAACAUUUACUCUCUGAAUAAAAUAUGACAGUAAAUAUGAGAUCCCUGAAUGGGAGAUUGCGGCUUUGUUCAGCUUUGUCUGUUUACUUUUUGAUACAUAAAAACUGAAAAUGUACAGUUUACCUGACCAGCUCAGUUUGAGAAGUCCUAAAACAGUGAUUGUACAAAGAAUAAAGCCUUUUGAUAUCUGUAACAAUGCUAGCAUUUAGGAAUAACAAA